UCGCUCUGUAUGGCGAUAAAUAAGACUAUGUACUUUCUAUUUAUAAAUACAAAAUAAACCGAUGAUACUGCGUUUACAUAUACUGAACCGUACUGAACCUUACAGUUUUUAAGAUUUUAUAAGUGUAAAUUAUGUUUUUAAAAAAUUGUGUCAAUAACGUGUGAUGAUAUUUUAAAUUGAAAUUUGUGGGAUACUUGGUUUUUCAUGUGUCUCGGAGGAUAAAACAAAAAGCUUUUCUUUGAGAGGUAUAUAAUUUUAAACUUGACAAACAGUUCGGUGGAUGUUCCUGGAGUGGGUUUAAAGUUGUUUCACACCUAUAUGAGGAGUGGGUGAAACCGUUGACCAAGACUUAUUAAAUGGAAACAAUAGAGACAAUGGAAAAUGGUGUGGAAAUACGAGUAAGGCCUAAAUCAAAAGCGGAAGAGAGACCCAAGCCCGUGUUAGAUAGUCUUGAACUGGAGAACGGUUUGGAUGAUGAAACAAUGGAUAUAACAACACCAAUCUGCAACAUGAAAUGAAACACGAAUUGAGAGCUGAACAAGGACAUGCAGUUUUUUAUGACAAAGAAGUUUUUAUCAAUGAAACUGAAACGAAAGUCAGUAAUAGCACGUGUGCCAAAGUUAGUGACGACGAAACCAGUGAACUGGAAAGUAAAGCUUACUCUAAAGCGGAAAAUUAUUCAAACGAUCAAGCUGAAAAUGUAUUUGACUUCAGAGAAAUAAAUGAUUCAUUAGUCUUAGCUAGAAAGACGCAUCCAAGACAAAAAGACGACCCAAAGACCAACAUUUCGAAGUAUGAAACUAUGGAAAUAGUUUGCUCACAGAAUCUUUCUGCAAAUGGUCCUGUAGAUGUGAAUGAUUACCAGAAAUUAUAUUGCCAUAACACAAGCAAAACGUUAGAAUCUGCUUAUCAUAAUAAUGAAAUAAAUGAUAACAUUGUUGCAGAUGAUAAGGCAGUCUUUGAAAAAUGUAGAGAUAGUGACAUGCAUUUAGUAAAUGAUACAAAAGGAAACAAACAUUUAGGAAAUGAGAAGACAUUCGGACCUCAAAUCAAAAUAAAUACUGAUUCAGAAAUGGAGUUAUAUAAUCAUGCAAAGCCAGAUAAUUUGUUUCAGAAAGAUAAUGGACAUAAAGACCACGGUAAUGUCGAUGCUCUAAAAUAUAAUGGAAGAGUAGAUACUUCUAAAAAGUUGAUUACCAAAACUAAACAAGACCUGCAAAAUUAUUCUUCGAAAAAUGAGGAGGAGUCGAUUUAUUUAGACAUGAAUGGCUUUAGUAAGCGUAAUGAAAAUGUUGAUGACUUUUUAAGAUUGCAUGUAAAAGUGGACGACCAUACCCAAAUAUGUAGACCCAAACAAAGCACUUACAAACCUAUUACAGCUACCACCACACUUAAUACUAAGAUGAUACAAAAAGAGGGAUUUCUUCAAAAGCAAGGAGGGGUAGAUCGAAAUCAAGGCUGGAAAAAACGUUGGUUUGUUCUUGAUGCAAAAUCACUCAGGUACUACAGAGAUAAAAAGAGCAGUGUAUCUCUCAGAAUAAUUCCGGUGGCUUUGAUGAAAUCUGUAUCCCCGGUAAAUAACAACAGACCAACCAGUAUUACACCCGUAAAUGUUUCAGACCUCUUUUCGAAUUCAGGUAGGCAGUAUCAGUUCACAUUGGAAUGCAAACAACGAACGUUUCUAUUUGGAACAGACAACCUCGAGAAUUGUCAAAAGUGGCAAAGUACCUUGAUGCUGGCGAUUAUUGAUUACCAAAAGGGAAACAAGACUGACAUACCAUAUGGAGGUGAAAUGAAUUCGCCAGAUAUUUCUGGCCCUGUGAAGUUUGACAAUAACAAGACACGGUAUUAUGUAGCUGUCAAAGGGAAAAUACUCCGAUACUACCACAACAUCGAGGAUUACUCGGUAGACUGCCCUAUUCAUGAACUAUCUAUGGAUAUGACUUCGGUCAAAGAAAUCAGAAAAACAUCACUACAGUUAGACAGUCCCCCUGACCAAAAAUUUAUACUGACUUUUGAGCAAGAGAAUGAUACACAAGAAUGGAAGACCUGCCUUGAGGCAGCCAAAUUAAGAGCUCUCGGUGACGACAAAGUUAUUCUAAAAGUUUGGCAGAACAAUGAUAACAGAAUUUGUGCAGACUGUUAUGCUCCAGACCCAGAAUGGGCGUCAGUCAACCUAGGAAUUGUGAUAUGUACGAAGUGUGCAGGUCCACACAGAAGCCUUGGUGUAAAAAGAUCCAAAGUGAAGUCACUUCGAAUGGAUAAUUUAUCUAAAGAAAACGAGAAUAUAUUAAAAGUAUUAGAAACUAUCGGAAACAAGAACAGUAACCUAUUUUGGUGUAAGAAAGUUGAAGACUCUUGGAUUGUUAAUGAAGAAACUCCUUCAAUAAUUAGGCAGAGAUAUGUCGAAGAAAAAUAUUUGAAAAAGACAUUCGCCGAUAUUAUGCUUGUCGAUAGUAAAGAGGAAUUGAAUAUGGCACUUUAUUCGGCGGUAGCAGCUGAAAAUAUCAUAGCAACAAUGGUGGCACUGUUCUCCGGUGCUGAUAUGAAUUCGAUAUGCCCUGGCCAGAGUAAAUCUAUUCUUGAGGUGGCAAACGAAACAAAUAAUCCAGUUUUAAAGGAGUUCUUAGAACAGAAUAAAAACACCGAUGUAGCCACAGUUGUAUAUGUGGACAGUGCAAAUGAAAAGUCAUUCUCCGAUCUAUCGAAGAAAACAGCAAUCUACCGAGACGGCUAUUUAUACAAGACAGGACCUAACCUCAAAUCUUACAAGAAAAGAUGGUGUGUUCUACAUUAUGGCAGCCUAACAUACUUCAGUGACAAAGAGGGAUCAGAUCGGGGAUCUGUGAACUUAGCUGAUGCAACGAGUGUAUCCAUAGUUACAGGACAGAGAAAGUACAGUUUUGACAUCGACUUGCAAACGAAGAAUCGGACAUAUCGUUUUGCUGCUCCAGAUGAAACAAUGUUUGGAAAAUGGCUGAACGUUGUUAUUCAGGUCAUAUGUCCGUAUGAAAGCGAGGGACUGGAGCGAACCUUAAUUGCUGGAUACUUCUACUUUAAAAAACAGUUGACAUUUUGGGCAAAAGUAUGGCUUGUCCUUGACGCACAUGCCUUACAUAUACGACACAGAGACGACUCAACUGUUCAAACUAUAACAAUAUCAAGUCAAAUGAAAUGUCUGCUGUUCAAUGUAGGAAAGCAUUCAGAAAAGACUGAAGAUGUAAUAAGACAACUUGAUACUAACCAAUCCAUAGAGCUAAUAUCAGCUGAAGGGCACGUCGUGGCUUAUUUUCAAGGAAUGGCUCUCAAAGAAACCAAAAAAUUGUUGUGCUUGUUAGAAACGGCAAUAUCAGACCAUUUAUGACACAGUCGGUUACAUGAAAUGUGAAUAUAGAAGAAACGUUCAAAACUAUGUUUUCAUUUCUUCUUAGAUGUAGACAAUCUGAUAAAACUCAACUCGGCUAAGGCUGACACAAAUAACAAAGAAACAGUUAUAUGUCAAUGUAAAUUAGUCAAAUGACUUAAAUAAUAUUCUUAAAACUCCUAUAAAACAUAAAUAGUAUUAUGAGACAACUGAUUGAAACUAUUUUUAAAUAAUCACGUGUAUUCAUACGUACUUUUAUACUCAUGAAGAUUACUUUAAAUGAAUCGAACGUUUCUUGCCAUUAUAGAUAACGAAAGAGAGAACUAGUGUGCUCUAGGCAGAUUGUUCGUUAUAUGGCUAAUUUAUUUUUUACUUUGCGCCAUGGACAGAAUAUGUAGAAAAUUAUGUUUGUUUUAUGCUGGAUUACAAACCCGGCGAGUGUUGACCUAAGUGGGCGGAUUCAAUCACUUAGCAUGUGGACGAUUAUAAAAACAAAAACAACAUUUAAAGGUCUAGUUUCGUUAUUAUAGACUCUUAAAGAAUCCACUUCUGAUAAAAGUGUCUUACUUAUAAAUAUUAAUUGCAUUAAUUGUUUCAAAUGAAAUAUACUUGAUAGUAAAUUGUAUGGGGAUUUUUUUUAAUAUAAAUAUUACGCCAUAUAUCGUUGUUAAAUACAUACACAUUAUACUUAUGGUUU